AUGAGCUUAAGCGGAGUGACAAUCGUGACCCUUGUGACGGUGUGUUUAGUUGGCGUUCGUGCCGACAACAUUCGAUGCUUCGCGUGUGACGAUUGCACCAAACAACAACCGGUGAUCGUGCAGUGUGGGGCGGAAAGUGGAUCGAUCGAUCUGAGUGGUUUUCGUGCCAACGUAAUCACGACGCCAAUGCUUACAACAUCGCAUUUGUUAACGCCACCUCCGCUGGUGGGUGGUGGCGGAGGAGAUCCACUCCUAACACCACCUCCACUGGUGGGUGGUGGCGGGGGAGAUCCGCUACUAACGCCACCUCCGUUGGUGGGUGGUGGCGGGGGAGAUCCACUGCUAACGCCACCGUAUCCGAUUCUCACGCCACCGCCCGUAUAUCCGUUCGGAAAGGACGCUCGGAGGAUGGCUCAGAAACGGUUCGUUUGUGUGACGGUCCAGAGUAAAGGUACGCCUCUCAUCACGCCACCGCUAUGGCCUUGGUCGAUUCCUAGUAAUGAACCAGCUUUUAUUGCAGCACAAGAUGAAACGAAGGACCUUAUUCACCGGCGCGGUUGUGCGGAAAUCGAAGGACACGCCAUGGACGUUUGCCGGUUCGAGUUGGGUCCAGUCGACGGAGUGUUCAGUUGCCGAGUUUGUAGCUAUUCGCUGUGCAAUGAAUAG